UUAGCCACCCUAUCCUUAAAACCUCCAAAUACAUCGGCUCUCGGAGUCGGGCUUGUUUCCCGACGCCUUAUGGUUUAACAGUUAGUCCGAUUGAAAAUGGCGGCGACGGCUACCUUCAGCCUUCGCUCUCUACCCUCUAAUCAAUGGCUGCACAAACUCCGAACUCGAACAGCAACUGCAUCAGUACGUUCACAUUCAUUCACUACUCUCGCUUCUCUUUCCCCCGUUGAAGAUACCGAGGACAUUCAAUUGAACGUAAAUUCCAAGGAAAUGGUACAGGAAACGGUUCCUAGUACUAGUAACAACAACAACAAUGACAAGUCGAAGAAGCCUUAUUUUCCAAAGCGAGGGCAAACAUUAGAAUUAGUAUGUGAAUCCCUUGCUUUUAAAGGAAAAGGCGUUUGCAAAGUUGCUGACACUGGAUUUGUACUCAUGUGUGAUCGAGCACUCCCUGGAGAACGAUUUAUUGGCCGUGUCACUCGCAAAAGAGAGAAUUAUGCCGAGGUGAAGAAAUUGAAAACCUUAACACGGCAUUUGGACUAUGUUGAAGCACCGUGUGAACAUGCUUCGCAUUGUGGAGGUUGCAAGACGCAGAGCUUGUCGUAUGAAGCUCAGCUCAGGGCCAAGGAGCAACAAGUGCGCGACCUGGUUGUACACGUGGGCAAGUUUUCUGAUCGAGAGCCAGUAUUUGCUGAUGCUAUGAAACCCAUUGUUCCUUGUGAUAUCCAAUUUCACUAUAGGAAUAAGAUGGAGUUCUCGUUUGGCGCAAAGGGCUGGGUACCUGCUGAACAAUUGCAAGACGAUACAGAGGGCUCUCGCUAUGCUUUGGGUCUGCAUGCCCCUGGCUGUUUUGAUAAGAUUUUAAAUGUGAAUAAGUGCUUACUGCAAAGUGAUUCCGGCAAUGAGGUUCUUGAAGCUGUGCAAGGAUGCUGGCGGGAUCCAGAACUGGGACUUUCUCCAUAUGAUGUGCACUCUCACUCUGGGUUUCUGAAGCAUCUAAUGCUUAGAACAGGCAGGAAUGUUGAAACUGGUCUUCCUGAGCUUAUGGUUAAUUUUGUGACUUCUUCUUACAAUCCUGAAUGCUUGAGGCCCAUUGUUGAGAAAAUCGCAGCUAUUCCUGAAGUGGUAAGCAUUGUUAACAAUGUGAACACUUCUAUCGGCAACACAUCCGUUGGGGAGAAGGAAUAUACAUUGUAUGGAAAAUCUACCAUUACAGAGAUUCUAAGAGGGCUUACUUUCCAAAUAUCAGCUAACUCUUUCUUUCAGACAAAUACACACCAGGCAGAGAUUCUCUAUAAACUAAUUGAGGAUUGCGCCUUUCUUAAAGGAGAUGGCUCUGAAAUUGUUCUUGACUUAUUUUGUGGGACAGGAACCAUUGGCCUUACACUGGCCAAAAGGGUGAAGCAUGUUUAUGGUUUUGAAGUAGUUGCUCAAGCUGUCUCUGAUGCACGUCAGAAUGCCAAGUUAAAUUGCAUUGAUAAUGCAACUUUUAUCGAAGGAGAUCUGAAUAAAAUUGAUUUGAACUUCGCCAGCAACUUGCCUACGCCGGAUAUUGUCAUCACAGAUCCUAAUCGCCCUGGUAUGCACAUCAAAUUGAUCAAUUUUUUGCUAAAGUUAAAGGCAACACGCAUUGUUUAUGUAUCAUGUAAUCCUGCCACCUGUGCUCGUGAUCUUAAUUACCUCUGUUAUGGUGUGCCAGAGCAGAAUAUAGAAGGCCAUUACAGGCUGAGUAGCUUACAACCAGUUGACAUGUUUCCACACACACCUCAUAUUGAAUGUGUUUGCUUGCUUGAGCUUCGGUGAAUACCCUGGUUGUAAAUAUCUCUGAAUUUCUUAUGCCCAUUACGUUCUUGCUGCAUUCUGGGGCUGUCGGCAUAAACUCUUAUGGGAUUUAGAAGUUGAAGAAUGCACACGCGAGUUGUGCAGCGCAAACUGUUGGUGCUAGUGGUGAAUAAAUUGUUCAUUCUACAAGUUUGCGACCUCGUGUCACUUGCACAGAACGAGCAAGCGACGUCAAUCAACCACCUUCCUGAUUUGACUAUGUAUAAUUGUUGAACUUUGUAGUUCCUCUUUGCUUUGCUUUCUUUGAUGAAUUUACUUAGUUAUGAUCGAAUUCUUCUCUGUCCUUUGUAUGAGGAAUUUCAGUUGAAGUCCGCGUUUAAUCAAUUCCAGUUUAAUGAGAAUGCAAAUACGUAGACUUCUUGUGGUGAUCA